AUGCUUGACUAUUCAAAAGUCGUCCACAACAUACUGAGUUUUCCGAUGUCAUGUUCAUCUGGUAGUGUAGUCACUCUGACAGAAUGUGCCUCUAUAGCUAGCGGAUCGAAAUCUGCCAGGUUCUUUUUCAACAAAAAUGAACAUCUCUGCUAUUGGAGCUGUGUUUUUCUCUCGAAUGGCACUUGUACCAUGCUUUGCAUUUCGCCGUGGAGUGCAUAUGAAGUGAAAUGGAAAAAGAACUCUGCUUUGAGAAAACCAACUAUUGGAUCUUCUGUACACGAAGGCAAUUAUCGUAAUUGGGAUCCUCACUUUGCAACAGAUGGUUUUGUCCAAAAUGGCGGUACACAAAUCUUUCACUCAACUUUCGAACAUUAUCCGUGGAUCUGGAUUGAUUUGUUAGAAACUUUAUCAAUAUCCUUUAUUCGAAUUUAUAACAGAAGAGAUGGCGGAGGGCAAAGAUUUCAUGACGUUGCUGUUGAAGUGACGAAUAACAGCGUUUAUGUACAACGUGGCUUCUACAAAGGACCCGCGGUCACGGGUGAAAUAGUGGACAUCCUUUGUGACUACCCCGCCAUUGCCCGCUACGUCCGACUAAGAAUAACGGAAGGAUCUGGAAACAGUCUAAAUAUUCCAGAACUCGAAAUAUAUACCACUUGAUUUAAAACCGUCUGCUUAGAAAUGUAAAUAAAAUUUUAUA